AUGGAAAGAUCAAAAAAAGUAAAGAAAUCAACUGAGGAAGGAGGAAGGGAGUUCACAGGAGACACUGCCCUUGUACCAAGAAUGGAAGAUUGGAUGGCUGAGGAAGAGAUGGAGGAAAAUGGCAACAGCAAAGGUACAGAACAGCCUCAGCUGGAAGUUGAGAGGGUAGUUGAGUUUGGAGCCUCAAAGUCCAACUCUUUUGCAGAUACUGUCCGAAUGGGGAAGAGCACUGGAGGAGGGCACACACAAAGGGAGCAGGAGCCAAAGACAAAUAGUGCUGAAGACACAGACAUGGAAGAGAGUGAUGAUGAAGACACAGAAAUAAUAGUCAAAAAAUUGCCGAAUGGAAUAUACAAUUUAGUCAUAGGGGAAGGAGUGAAAAGGGAGCUCAGAAAGGAGUGGUGGGAGACCCUCAUUGUCAAGCUGCUGGGGCGAAAGAUCUCUUUGUUAGCCCUUAAACGGCGUCUGGAAAUAUUGUGGGGGAAAAGGGGGAGCAUUGAUGUGAUAGACCUGGGGAACGAUUUUUUCUUGGUCAAGUUUUUCAGUUCAGAAGACUUAGAUUUUGCACUCACGGAGGGACCUUGGAAAAUACUUGAUCACUACUUGACUAUCAGGUUCUGGAAACCAGAUUUCAACCCUUCUGAAGCCUCUAUUGACACUAUUGCUGCCUGGAUUCGACUACCGGGGUUAGCAAUAGAAUACUAUCACAGAGCCAUUCUUGAAAAGAUUGGAAAUAUUGUGGGGAGGACCUUAAAAGUAGACAGCAACACUGCAGAAGUCUCAAGAGGAAAGUUUGCUAGGAUCUGUGUAGAGGUGGAUUUGACAAAGCCGCUGGUUGCUCAAUAUCAGAUAAAUGGAAAAAAUAGGACAUGA